AUGGUCAACUUGCUGGUAGUACUCCUAGUACUACUGAUCUUCGCACUCUUGCUUGUUGCAGGCCUUCUCUUCCUCCGCCAUCGCAGGAGAGUGGCUCGCAAGCAACUGGCAUUGCCUCAGUACGACGAGAAGCGACUAUCGAAUGCCUCGACCCUUUCAUCACACCGUCGUGUGAUGGUCCGACCUUCAGAAUCAGUCUACGUCUACCAGGAGAAGCAGAGUCUGGUCGAAAACUCGGACAGCCCGCCACAGAGCCCACUGCCGGAGAUUCAUAUCACGUUCCCGGAAGAGGUUGAUGCUGCCGGCAAGCGCAAAUCUGGGCGGGUUGUGGUGGUGCGUGUUGGAGAUACUGGCGUGGGACUAGAGCCUGUCGACGAUACACUGCCGGCAUACCGACAGAAUGAGGGCGACCGAUUCCAGUCAUUAGACCUGGAGAGGAUCGGUGGUCUGGUUGAGAAGGCCAGAAAUGCGCCUUCGAAGGAAUAA